AGCUCUGUUAGUCUAAUGCCCUCUGAGCCCAGAUUACAACCAUCUCUCCCCUCCGUGUACAACAGCUUGAGAUGGUAACAGUAUUGUUGGACAACAGCUGAGAAAACUGUCGCUGAGGAGCAGCCCGAGCUUUCUACCAGUCGCAUACUCUGCUGACGUAGCCUGAACUUCAAAGUGCUUUGAUGGUUAGCACCAGAAGAUUCAUUUAAUGGGAGAUCACAUUUCCUCCUCAUUUAUUGAAACAUGAAGACCAAAACCAAAGGAAAGAAGCAUAAGUUUACAGUUGACAAAGAAGCGUCAAGAUUGAGUGAAGAGGAACUGGUAAAAUGUUUGCGGCAGAAAGAAAAGAGACGCAGGGGAAAGAAGGAAAGCAGUAAGAUGGCAGCAGCGAGGGCCAAGCAUUCUUGGAACAGCAAGGACAGAGAGUCGAGACGACUGGAAAGCAAUGAGCGGGAAAGGCAAAGAAUGCACAAGCUCAAUAAUGCGUUCCAGGCCUUGCGGGAGGUCAUCCCUCAUGUAAGAGCUGAAAAUAAACUUUCUAAAAUAGAGACUCUCACACUGGCCAAAAAUUAUAUUAAGUCACUAACCUCCACCAUACUUAGUAUGUCGAAUGGACACUUCCCAGCUAUUGAAGGAUCAGGGCCCAGUGGGUCCACAUUGUACCAGCAUUACCAACAGCAGCCAAGGGAAGAUGAAUGUGAAGAACAACUAAAAAAAUACUCCACGCAAAUACAAAGCUUCAGCAAAGGCAGCUAAAAUGAUCUACUGGCUUUGCUUUCUCCCAUCCCCUCAUUUUUGUGCAUUUCAGCGUUUGGAGAGUUAAGGGGUUGUUUCCUCCAGUCUUUUUUUGAACAAUCAGACAAAAUUUAGUGACUACACCUCAUGGUACACAUUGAAAUUAUCUGAAAUUGUACAUGAAGAUUUUCAAGGAGUUCAGUAAUUUUGUUGGAUGUCUCAGUGUUUGGGUCCCCAGAGAGUUGGGUACUUGGGACUUUGUGAAGAUUAGGCUUCUUUAAGGUUUUUUGAAUUGGCACCCAACUGUAGAAACACCUCAACUCACUAGUCUUUCUGCAGAAUCUUGGCUGAAACAUUUGUUCCUUCAGAUGACACAAUUUAGUGGACAGUCUGGUGGACAAACAGUGAAAUAUUGAUACUCCUGUAUGGUGCUUUGAUAGCAGCCAGACACUUGAAGAAAAUACUUAGCUGAUCUGAGCUGGGGUAAAAGGAAUAAUUUGUUUAAUUACAAUUACAGGGAACUAUACUGAAUACUAUAUUGAAUACUUAAAUGUCCUGCUGCUAAAGAGAAAGAAUAAAGUUCACGACAAUAGAAAUGUAUUUGACCAGCUUGAUUACUCCAGUCCAGCAGACAGGUAACUUUCUGUCAUGCUAACAAAGUUUUAUGGUGCAUUUUGGUCCUACUUCAAAACUCACCAAAGCUAGAUGUACUACUGUACUUAAAUGCACACGAAUCUGAACUUUGCUGCACCAUAUAUAUUUGAAAGUUGUUGUUUUAAUUUGAAUACCAAGAUGUCUUAGAUUGUGAGCUUUUCAGGGCAAGGAUGUUGAUUUGGCUGUGUUGGCACGGCACCUAGCCCUGUGAAACUUAGUUGCCACUGGGUCUUUUGAGUGCAAUUGGGGGCAAUUGUAGUAUAGGCAAAUCAUUUAUGAUGUUUGUAAAAUUAUGAUGACAGAAAUGUUUUAUUUACAGUGUGUU